GUGCGCUGUGGGCCGUAAAGGACGCGUACGCGGGCUCCCGCGGCCAGACGCGUGCUCGGCUGCGCGUUCCGCCGGCGGCGCCGCCCCCGCGCGCCCGCCGGGCAGCCCAAGCUCUGCGCAAAACCAGCCGCCCAAGGCGCUACCAAUAGAGACACAAGGCGUCCCGCGAGACCUCCUUCGUCGACGGGCAACAGAGGAGCAUAGAGGAGAGAUGCUGCUGCUCGCAAGGCUCCUCGCGGUAGCCACGACGGCAAACGCCUGGCAGCGCUGGGAGUACAAGGCCGACGCGACGCAGCAGUGGAAGGAGCUCUGGGGGUUAGAGAGAGGACCGGGCGCGCGCAGAGGACACUCGUUAGUAUUACACCACAAGCCGGCGACGGAGACGGAGAAAGCCACGACGAAAAUAGUGUUGUUUGGCGGCCGGUCGAACGAGAUCUUCAAGCAGCACGUGCCCAAGACCUACGAGAUCAAGAUUAGUUCAGGGACCAUCGACUUCGUGAGCUAUGAUAAAUCUCCAAUAAAAACGGAGAUGUGCACGACGGACCCGGACACGGGCGAACAGGUCUGCAAAAAUCCCAUAAAUGUCGGAUUGUACUUUAAUGAUGUGUGGGCCUAUGAAUUGGACUGUUAUCGGGAAGGCACGACGGCCCAAGGCGAACAGGCCCAGUUCUGCGGGGGCGUCUUUAACGGCGACCGAUGCACUUCUGAUGAUGACUGCGAGGAAACGCCCUUCAAGAAGUGUGAGGAAGUGACCUUCGGCUCCACCGCAAACUACGAUGCCUCGUCGGGCACCGGGCCGUGCCCCGCCACGGACGACAACCAGAAUGCGAAAUCGUGGGCGUGCCUCGGGAGCGACUUGCCGUGCGAGGACCAGGCCUGGAAGGAAUUAGAUUAUGGGGCGCGGCGGGGCGGUUGUAGGUAUGUGCUCGGGCGCGAAGUGUGCACGCACCCUUCGGAGAGGUGGAGGCAUGGUGCUUCCAUGUUUGAUGAUAGUACGAUGCUCGUGUACGGCGGCUUUUCCCAAAGAUGCGAGGAUUAUUGUGAUGAUCUGUGGGCCUUUGACGUGCGCGACAACACGUGGAUGGAGAUCUACGAGGUGGGGAAGUUCGCGUUUGGCGACGCGCCGGGCAAGCGGUGGCGGUUUUCACUUGUCAGUGAUGGCCAAAGGUACCCCUGCCCGAAGGCACUCGAAGAACAAAAUCAAGAUGAAAUUGAAUGUGGGCGGUUCUACAUCUUUGGCGGUUUUCGGCUGUGGCACGGCUUUGCGCGCGACAAUAGUGAGGAUAAUAGAUGGCGGUCGAAUGAGGAGUUACCGGACGGGGGCUACAUGGACGACCUCUGGGUCUACAAUAAAAGGUUAUUGAAUCCAGAUGAACCGAUGCCUACAAGCAGUGCAGGACUAGGGCUCUGGCGGAAUUAUACGGGCAAAGCGACGUGCGUCGACGAGCCGGGCGCGACGUGGGAAGGCCGCGACGACCAGAACUGCGAGGUCGAGUGGCCCACGGCGCGCGCAGGGCAUACGUCAGCUUUGGACGCCAAAAACGGCGGAGUUUAUGUGUUCGGCGGCUACACUACUUUUUUCCCCUACCUGUCCACGGAUGGUCCCGGCAGUGGAUGGGGCGCGGCGGCGAAGCCGAACGCGAAGGGCUUCAUUCCCUUUCCCGACUAUCCCUACUACUUGAAUGAUUUGUGGGUCUACAACCUAACCACAGGGUAUUGGACCCUGCUCGUACCACUUAGCAGUGACGUACCGGCCCCGCGCACGGACAUGAGCAUGGUCCUGGACAUGGGCUACUGCCGAUCUUCUGUCGAUGAUGAUGGGGCGUGCUUCGGCCCCAUGUUGAUAGUUUUUGGCGGGUACAACGGGUCGCACCACUUCGAUGAUACGUGGUUGUUUGAUACCCGAAAGACACGAUGGUUGGAAAAAAGACAACAGGUCCACCCGCUGUGGCCGCCGGGCUGCACGGACGACGACGAAAUUAUUGCGAACUCGAGUUGCUUUUUGCUCGAUUACGCGCGACCGGUCCGACCGGACGGCCUCGUCCAGGCGCAGCGCCACGACCUGAGUGAUUUGUACGACACGAUCCAUGUGGUCGUCGUCUCGAAGACGGACAUGGCCGUCGACUCGACGAAGAAGGACUCUCCCCCAUUAGUCGGGACGUCCGUGGCCCCGGCGCAGUUAGUGGGAGGGGCCGCCGCGUGCGCGUCCGAGGCGGACGAGGGCUGUGCGGGCUUCGACUGGUGGUCGCUCGACCCGAACAACACGAAGAUGGUCCAUUUGUUAAAUAUGGCCGUUUGUUCACAUGACAGGAUGAUGUCGUGUAGAGUAGAUGGUGAUUGUAGCUUUCAUGAGGCGUCGUCGACGUGCAUCAAGAAGUCGAAAUAUAUCGAGUUUUCGGCCUUUCCCUUCUACGGCAUCGUCGACAAGGACGGGCCCAGGCCCGACCCACAGGUAGAUAAGCCGAAGUUCGGGGACCCCAUCGUCAAGUAUGCCGCAACAGGACCGAACCAGUGGGUCACCGGACCUAGGUAUUGGGACGAGGACUGGCUCAAGGACCACUUUCGGCGUAGGGAUUGCGGUACUAAACAAUUUGACGAUAGGGAGUGUAGCUUCUGGUCGCAAGAUCUCAGUCGAGACGUGGCCUUUCUCGAGAAUUACACCGUAUCGUACAACAAAUCUCUUCCCGAGAUUAAAAAUGGUAAGAAGUUCAGGCAGGACUUCGAGGCCUAUCGAGGCGUGUAUUAUAGAAGGUGUACUUCUGUGUAUGGAGAUGCUACAAGGGGUGGCACGCUGGGGUGGCACCCUAAAGCGCCGGAUGGGUUGAACGGACGAGCGAAUGGGUCCGUAUUAAUACCGCAAAAAAGGAGACGGGCGCCGGGCUGGGACGGCUGUCGAGAUACGUGCUUUGGGGUGCACCCGAACGAACCGGGCUUGUAUCCCGGGGAAAGGCAGAAGUUUCCUGACAGAUUCGAGUGUCCUUCCAAUGCUUCUCUGAUUUUAGAUACGGGUCUCCAGUACCUGAGACCUAACCAAAGGUCUGACCAUGCUGCUAUUCUGGUGCCGCAUCUGGGCCGGUGGACGACGAAUACGCGAGCCUUAGGCGAGAUCUACAUGUUCGGUGGGGUCGGUUAUGGCGUCGAGCAGAAACAGACCACGGACCACACCUUCCCAUCCGUCGUGCUCGAUGACAUGUGGCGGUUGGGUGUGCAUGAUUGUCCGAACAACUGCAACAAUCAAGGUAAUUGUAGUUACGGUUUCUGCCAGUGCCACCGCGGUUAUUAUGGGGCGGACUGUUCGAACAUCAGCUGUCCCGGUGAUUUUUGUUACGUCGACCAGGACACGAACGAACAGGUCUGCCAGCACUGCUGCCAGGCCGGGUACAAUCAUACUGAGCAUGAUAAAUAUCAAGUCGACGUGCCUCGCGUGCCGUGUACCUUCGCGUCGCACCGGCAAGAUGGAAGUUUUGGCGAGUCGAAUGGCAUUUGUGAUGGGUUCGGGACGUGCCAGUGCGCGCCGCCCUUCAUCAAUGAUGAUUGUAGCAUACGAGACUGCGACCACAACUGUUCGCAUCGAGGCCACUGCUCCGUGGAGUUUCCCGUGUCUCGGUGUAUUUGCGACCCGGGGUACUAUGGGAAACAUUGCCAGUACCAAGUGUGCCUGAACAACUGUAGCUAUCCGAAUGGUCUCUGCAAUCAUACGACAGGAUUGUGCACGUGCGAGAUGAUCUACUCGCCCUACCAGAACUGGCGGCCGUACCAGCGCUGGGGCGGCGAGGACUGUUCGUUUUUAUGGGCCUAUUGUGCCGCGUGUCGCGGGCGUCCAUCUACUUGGUGGGUUUUGAUUUUGAGUAUCGCGUGGCUAAGGAGGUGAUACUACUA